AAAGGUUUCCACCACAUUCCGCCCAGCCAGGCUGUGAUAAGACAGCCCUGUUAGCCCACAAGGCACCCAAGGCCCCAGGGACCAGGUUUAAACUUAUCUCCUGCCCAUUGUACCAGAGUGUGAUUUCCUGCUGUUUUUUUUAUCUGACCAGCCUGCAGAUGGGCACCCUACCACAGCAGGACUGAUGGACAGCCUCUUUGCAGUCAACACAGAGGCCAUACUCGGCAAGGCCAGGACAGUUCUGGCCAUAGAAGACUCACCCGGCAGAGACGGGAUGUAAAGAUGGCCUUGCACCCACAGACCGGAAGGCCUCAUGGCCACCACAGAGAUGAGAGUGAGCCACUAGCAGAAGCCACAGCCCAGGAUGCAGGGAGGCACCCUUCCCCAGGAUGCACGGAGGCACCCUGCCCCAUCCAAGGGCUGGGAUCUCGGGCUGCUCGAAGGCCCCAAAGGGGUAUAGUGUCUACAUCUUCCUCAAGGGUUCCUCGCCCUGGUGCCCUCAUGCCUGCAACACGAAGCUGCUCAAGAUUCAUCCACUGUCGGGGUCAGCCUUCUCGGACUCAUGUCAACUCCAAGAGACCCAAACGGUCCAGGAUUCAGCGGUGCCACACUCUGGUGCCAGACUGGACCCAUGAGAAACGGAUGGGAAGCAGUGUCAAGGAGGGGCUCCGGUCUGAGCUAAGCCAUCUGGACCAAGUAGCAGACCUUCUUGAGGAAGAAGAAGCUGCCAGGCCUCCAGUGGCCUCCCUGGAGGGGCUCCUGCUGGAAGGAGACAAGCAGCCCAAUCCUGGGCAGGGCCCCUUCUUUUAUAUUGGAGGCACCAAUGGGGCUUCAAUAAUCAGCAACUACUGUGAGAGCAAGGGAUGGCAGCGCACCCAGGACAGCCGCUGUGAGGAUUACAAGUUGAAGUGGUGUGAGAUCAAGUGCAGGGACAACUACUGCAGCUUCCGGGAAGGCCAGCAGCUGCUGUUCCAGCUCCCCAACAACAAGCUGUUGACCACCAAGAUCGGGCUGCUCAGCGCCCUCCGGGAGCAUGCACGCACUCUGAGCAAAGCCAAGCUGCUACCCAGUACCCAGGCCAAGGUCCUGAAAAUGGAAGAGUUUUUUCCAGAGACCUAUCGGCUGGACAUCAGGGAUGAGAGACAGAACUUCUUCACUCUGUUUGAUGAAACCCAGAUAUGGAUCUGCAAGCCCACCGCCUCCAACCAGGGAAAGGGCAUCUUUUUGAUCAGGACCCAGGAAGAGGUUGCUGCCCUGCAAGCCAAGACCCAGAGCAUUGAGGACGACCCCAUCUACUGCAAGAUGCCCUUCCGUGCGCCUCAGGCGCGGGUGGUACAGAGGUAUGUCCAGAACCCACUACUGCUGGAUGGUAAGAAGUUUGAUGUGCGCUCCUAUCUGCUCAUCGCCUGUGCCAUGCCCUACAUGGUUUUCUUUGGCCAUGGCUAUGCUCGCCUCACCCUCAGCCUGUAUGACCCUAAUUCCAGUGACCUCAGUGGCCACUUGACAAAUCAGUUUAUACAGAAGAAGAACCCCCUGUACAUGCUGCUGAAGGAGAGCACCGUGUGGAGCAUGGAGCACCUCAACCGUUACAUCAAUGACAAGUUCAGGAAGACCAAGGGACUCCCCAGAGACUGGGUCUUCACCACCUUCACUAAGCAGAUGCAGCAGAUCAUGGCCCACUGCUUCUUGGCUGUCAAGUCCAAGCUGGAGUGCAAGCUGGGUUACUUUGACCUCAUUGGCUGUGAUUUCCUGAUUGAUGAGAACUUCAAGGUGUGGCUGCUGGAGAUGAACUCCAAUCCUGCCCUACAUACCAACUGUGAAGUCCUGAAGGAGGUGAUCCCGGGAGUAGUCAUGGAGACCCUGGACCUGGCUAUUGAGACCUGCCAGAAGAGCUUGUACAGUCAGAAGAUGCUGCCUCUGCUGUCGCAGCGCCGUUUCGUGCUUCUAUACAACGGCGAGACAACCGACCAGUGGACGCGCAUGGGGGGCCUGCGCACCUUCUCCCGGCCACCGCCGGCCGCCCCGGGACCCCUGCUGUGCGCCUCGCGCCGCUCGCGGCCUCUGGUUUCUGGCUGCGCCCCCGAAGCGGAGCCCGAAGUUUCUUUGUGUCCUGGGCAGUCAGCGAGCAGCAGGGACCCUGCCGAGGAGCCCUCCCCGGGGACGCCGGAAGAAGAGCGCGAGGAGGAGUAGAGGUGUCUCAGGGACUCCUAGCGCCACGAGCUUCCGGCUGCCCAGUGCGCAGCUGCGCCCUAACCUUAACCCUAACCCUAACCCUAACCCUAACGCUCCAGAGGCGGGUCCCACCCGGGCGCCUCACGCCCUUCCUUCUGCCUAUGGGUCUCUGCUCCUCACUCUUCCCCCUGCUGCUUGUGCUCCCUGUUAGCACUGGCAUUUGAAAAAAACUUUGACCACUUCAGACCUCUGAGGUGUCUAAGCUUUACAAGUAAGUGGCCUGUAAGCCCCUCCAGCCACCCUCUGCCUCCUUGGUCACCCUACCCCACAAAACUCUAAAGACCCCCUCCCACUGACUUCAAAAUGCCGAGCACAGCUUAUACACUCUGUAUACCCUGUUCACAAAAUGGUCAUGGACAGGUGGCAGAUUCCUCCUCCUCGCCCUCCCUCUGGCCUUCCAUUGACCCCAGACAUCAGGACCAGUUCAACAUGUGGGAGAACUUCCAGGCUAAUCCCUGCUCUGCAUUGGACCAGCACAGUAUCUGAGGCAAGGUAACCUGCCUGGUUUGGUGGCCUCCAACUACUGUGACCCCAUUUCCAGGAUGCAGUGGCCUCGCUACCACUGGGUCUACUGCUGUUCUCUGGUCAGCAUAUAGAGAAGGGGUUCAUUGCAGGAACCCUCAACAAAAGGGCAGAACAGAGAGUGAACUGGGGCUCAGAGAAGUAAAGUGAGACCCACAGGUCCCAGAGGCAGUGUUCAUGGAGAUCCUAUGUGAACCCUACCACAACCACCUUUUCCCCACCACUCUGCUGCCACUCUGUCCUGGGUGUUCCAGCCUGCCCUCUCCCAGCCUGGCCUAUUGUAAGGGACACCAGGUGAAGUGAGAAGCAUACUCUUGUCCUUGUGUGAUCAAAGUCCAGUGUCUUCUGUUGCAAUCUGUAGUUCCCUUGGGAAAGAGCCCCUCCCUGGCCGAUAGGUGUCAGGGUAUCUGCUCUGCAAUCCACCAAGACCAGGAAGGUGAAGACUACCCUUCUCAGGGCCUGGGAGCUUAGAUCUUGGUGAAUCCACACCUGCUUAUUAGGGUUAGGGCCACAUUUCUGCUGGUCCAAGAUGCUGUACAGACAUGUCCCUUGGGGUCACUUAUCACUACCCUCAGCUUGUGUCACCCCCAAGUCCUGUGCCCCACAGCCUCUCCUCCUGUGUAUAGUGCCCUGCCCAUGUCAGAAUUGUGUCCCAUGGUAGCAUCACCAAUGUCAUGAACAUCCCUGCUUUCAGCUGCCACAUGGAACAGCAGCCCCAGUAUUAGAGGCCUCAGAAGUCAGUAGAGGUGGUGGAGCUCUCAGGAGAUGCUCCCACUGCUCUUAUGGGGACAUGAAGUCUCCACAAGGGGUGUGAUAUAAGUUCCUGCUGACAGUGGAUUGCCCUGUCCAGGCAGAGUCUCUACCCAUCACAGGCUCCCUUCAGGCUUGGGCUAUCUACUACCCUUCAUUCCUAGCAGCUGCAGAGUCUGAAUGUCAAUGAAAUAAAGGUUUCAGAGACCUCA